AUGCAGGCGGGGGGCGGCUGGUUCGUCCCGUGGACUAUGGGUGUGCAGAAGUUUGCAGUGGCAUUGCCCAUGGGCGGCGUAAUGCCACUUGUGCCACCGUUGCUGGCCGCCAUGCCUCAGGCGCCUCCGCCUUUGCGCCUUAUAGCGCCUCUGCCGCAUACGCAGUCUGGCAGAAAGUUUACCAGAGAUGAUUUGGUCAGUAAUCAAAUGAUUUUAAUGUUUACAAAACUAUUAUUGAAGACUCACUACGGCCUAUAA